AUGGGCGACGGAUUAAAAAUAACAAAAGAUAAGCGUCAUAGAAGUUCUAGUAGUCUUGCAGGAGGAAAUAUUGAAGGGACACGUUCCGAACGAAAAUUGGAUAUAAGGGCAUCGAUACCGGAGGUAGACGAUCAAUUCACAUUAGCCGAAGCAAGGUGCGAUGAUUUAAAAGAAAAAAUUGAUACCGUCAAAGGUCUUAAAAGAAGGCGAAAACUUAAAAAACGGAGCAUGACACGCGUUAGCGACCAGACAGUCGCUGGUGAAAAUAUUCCCUUUAUAAGUGUUCGGACUCAGCCAAAAAAAAUUUUGAUGGUUACAGAGGUGUCCCCGCAGGCUGCUAGGUUGAGAAGACUGGAAAUGCCGGCUAAUCCAACCCGUGGCUAUUUAGAUCCAGCUAUGGUCGAACAGCACGAAAUGGUUGGACAGGUGCGGGGUUACAACCAGAUGUUUCGUCAACCACAGCGACCUCAAGUAAGUUCAGCGGGAAAAUCGCCGAAAUCAAGACCGAUGUCCCGAGGUCAUCCUGAAGGAGAUGCUAUGUAUGAGAUUGAUUCAUCAACCGGCAAAUGUGAGCCUCAAGAGGUGGCCUGCGGUGAUGAUGAAGUAAUCCAAGAUAACUCUGACCAUAAUGACAGUCAACACUACUACGAUCAUUUUCCCGGAAACAUAACGGUCAAGAAGAAAAAAGGCGAAACAAAAAAAGUGUAUGGUGCUCGUCGACGUACUAAAGACCCCGUUAAAGAUAUUAAUCAAAAUCAGUGGGCAUACGGUCCGGACUACUCUCAGGACGCCAAAGUAUCACCGCGAAAUCGCCGACAAGUGCCAAUUCAGCAAAGCACAGGGGUGAGUCAAGAAGAGGAGAGACCUGUUGUGGAACUCUUUAACAAGAGCCGUGGAAGCACCUCGCCGGAGUCGUGGCAACGACAUCCGUUUCAAAAAACUGUUAUACCUGACUAUGAGAAAAAGAGAGCUCGUGGAGACGGUAAUGAUGAAGUUGGAAGUAAAUCUCCAGACCGACGACAUCUGCCCGAGCAGCAAUCUGAAGAUAACAGAACUGAAGAUGGGAAAACUGAAAAUAUUCAAAAAAAGAAAAAGCCUGUCCAUCGCCGUGUUAAUUACCGCGGUCACCACUAUGAGAUGCCGACGGUUGCAUCUCAGAUGAAGCAAGCUGGUAUGCGGUGCUACUAUGAGCAGCGUUGUACCUCGAAUAUACCGUUUGUUGUCAGCAAGAGCACGGCACCCUCACAUAACAUUGGUGUUAACAUUCAGCAGGUCCUGAAUGGUAUGAAAAUUCAACAGCCGGUCUCAGGAAUUCCCUUUACUAUGGCUCAUCAUAUGGGGUUGGGCUACAUAUCAUCAACUGCACCGAGAAGCACAGUUCUGUCAUUGGAUCAUCAAGAGAUGAAUGCUCUUCGAGUUGGUAGGCGUUUAGUCCGGCUACCUUCAUAUAAAAGGAUGGUAAUGCCCUACAACCGUCUUCUGCACAUGUACAGUGAAGGGGAUGGUAUGGUGCCACGUUUUCUGCGUGCAAUGAGUCGACCCAACUACAUAUAUACUUCAAUGUAUAACAGUCUAUCGAGGAACAGAGAUGACGCAACAUCCAAGGGCCAUAGUGAGAGUCACGAGGCUAAGCAAAGUUUGGCAAUAUACGCGAAAUUAUACAGAGAGUAUGAAAGAAUAUGCAAAAGUCUCGAAGACAGGAAUGAUCCGGACCUAGACAGCCGUAAGCAACAGCUGAUGAGGGAACUCACUGCGCGCGCGGAUCAAAUUGGAAAGGUCGUGGACGAGCAGGAGAAACUAAUCGAUCCACUUCUGAAAGCAUCUGCAUCAAACGAAGAUGGGCGUUAG